AAGUACAGAGAGGUGGCGGACAUCAACCUCUGGGGCACGGUCAGGGUGACCCAGGCUUUCCUGCCGCUCGUCCGCAGAGCCCGAGGGGAGCUGCGUGUCGGCCCCGGAGAGGAUGCUGCGUCUGGUCGGGACCAGGCUUGCUCGCAAGUGGUGGAGGCAGCUCUGGGCGCAGCCCCUGGCCAAGCCCGCCUGCAGGCUGCCGUACUACAGAGCGCUCCCGAGAGCCAAGUACUCGAGUCAAAAAGACCCGGAGCCCGGGUCCUUUGUCAGGAGCACGUUCAACGGGCAGCUCGUCCCCGACCACGUCUUCCCCUUCCCCUCAGUUCUCACAGCAGAGCAGACCCAAUUCCUGCAGGCCCUGGUGGAUCCCUGCGCCCGCUUCUUCCAGGAGGUGAACGACCCCGCCAAGAACGAGAAGCUGGAGGGCAUCGAGGAGGCCACCCUGGCGGGGCUGAAGGCGAUGGGAGCCUUUGGGCUGCAGGUGCCCGAGGAGCUGGGGGGCGUCGGGCUGACCAACACCCAGUACGCGCGCGUGGUGGAGGUGGUGGGUGUGCACGACCUCGGCGUGGGCAUCAGCCUGGGUGCCCAUCAGUCCAUCGGCUUCAAGGGGAUCCUGCUGUUCGGCACCAGGAGUCAGAAGGAGAAGUACUUGCCCAAGCUGGCAUCCGGCGAGACCGUCGCCGCCUUCUGCCUGACGGAGCCCUCGAGCGGCUCCGACGCGGCCUCCAUCCGGACCGUGGCCGAGCCCAGCGCCUGCGGGAACUUCUACACGCUCAACGGGGGCAAGAUCUGGAUCAGUAAUGGAGGGACAGCGGAGAUCUUCACCGUGUUCGCCAAGACGCCGGUGAAGGAGAGGACAGGGGAGGUGACGGAGAAGAUCUCUGCCUUCAUCGUGGAGAGGGCGUUUGGGGGUGUGACCAGUGGCCCCCCGGAGAAGAAGAUGGGGAUCAAGUGCUCCAACACAGCGGAGGUGCACUUCGACAAUGUGAAAGUGCCUGCGGAAAACCUGCUUGGGGAGCUCGGCAAAGGCUUCAAGGUGGCCAUGAACAUCCUGAACAACGGGCGCUUCGGGAUGGCGUCUGCCCUGGCCGGCACCAUGCGGGGUGUGAUCGUCAAGGCGGCCGAGCACGCUGCUGCACGCACGCAGUUUGGGAGCAAGAUCAGCCGCUACGGUGCCAUUCAGGAGAAGAUCGCUCACAUGGCCAUGCUGCACUAUGUCACUGAGUCGAUGGCCUACGUGCUGAGCGCCAACAUGGACAUGCGGGUGCCUGACUACAAACUGGAGGCCGCCAUCAGCAAGAUCUUUGCGUCGGAAGCCGCCUGGCACGUCGCGGACGAGUGCAUCCAGGUGCUUGGAGGAAUGGGCUACAUGCAGGAGACCGGGGUCGAGAAAGUCAUGAGGGACCUGAGGAUCUUCCGGAUUUUCGAGGGCACCAAUGACAUCCUGCGGCUGUUCGUGGCACUGGUGGGCAUCGAGUACGCCGGGGACCAGUUAAAGCGUCUGCAGAAAAACCUCCUGAAGCCGGCAGGGAAAGUUGGUGCCAUCCUGCAGGAGAUCGGGCUGAGAGCGAAGCGCAAAGUCGGGAUUUCCACUGGCUCCUCGCUGCAGGGCAUCGUUCACCCGGACCUGGACGGCAGCGCGGACCUGGUGACGAAGGCAGUGGACCUGCUGGGGGAGGCCGUGGAGAGCCUCCUGCUGAAGUACGGCACCAAGGUGGUAGACAAGCAGUUCCACCUGAAGCGCAUAGCCGACGCUGCCAUCGACAUCUAUGCCAUGGCCGUGGUGCUCUCCAGGGCCACGCGUUCCCUGUCGCUGGGACAGCCGACCGCGGAGCACGAGAAGCUCCUCUGCCAGACGUGGUGCCACGAGGCAUUCGAGCGCGUGAGGGGGAACCUCCAGGCAGCAAAGUCCCCGCCGUGGACCCAGAGCUUCACCAACAAGGAGCUCAUCUCGGACGCCGUGGUGCAGAACGGCGGGGUCCUGGCCUCGCACCCGCUGAGCUUCUGAGGGGGGGCGCGGGCUGGCCUCGCGUGGGGAGGACGACACAUCUGCUGGGGAGAAGGAAAGCAUUAAAUUUAUUUACUUC